CUUUAGAGAAAGAACCUGCAGGUUUCAUGACCUCAGGACAAAAAACUGAAAGACGAAAAAAGUGACUGAUGAAGGGAAACGCGUGAUGACAAGGAGCAGGAAAAUGUGAUGCCGUGAGAGUUCAGAAAGUGCUGGAAACUUUCAUCACAGGAUUUGUAAGCUGAGGGAGGACGCAAAUAAAAGAUAACGGCACAAGCUCACUGUCUGUGUUCACUCAAUCGUCAGACACUACUGGAGGGGAAACAUGGACCUGCCACUGACUCUUCAUGUGUUCCUUCUUUUCUGUUCUCUAAAUGCUGUUGUUUGGGCUUGUCCAGUUGGAUGCAAAUGUCAAGCAAACAAAAUACUCUGCAGUGGCCUCUCAGACUUCCCCACACCUCUGCCCUCAUCUACCACCACCCUCUACAUCUCCAACUCCAGUAUCUACUCUCUGAAACCAGAGGACCUGACUGUUUUCUCUAACGCCCUCAGCAUCUUUGUGAUUAAAGACACUGUUCUGAAGGAGGUGCACCCUGACACACUUGAUGCCACUCUGAAUAUAGGUGCCUUAGGGUUUACUGGCACAGACCUGCAAGAUCUCCCAGAGGCCUUGUUCCAAAAUCUUCAGAGUCUUGAGUCUCUGGCUCUAAAGAGCAACAAACUCCUGGUACUGCGCGCUCAUUGGUUUUCCUCUCUGAAGAAUUUGAAAGUUCUUGACUUAAGCAAGAAUCUUUUCACUUCUGUACCUUUGGAAGCAUUUCACACCCUUACUGAGCUAAGUUAUCUUUUACUUUCUGGAAACAAUAUCAGUCAACUGCCUCAAGAGACAUUCAAGGGUCUUUCUAAGCUUAAAACCCUGCGGCUUAGUAAAAACUCCCUACAGGAACUCCCUGUUGGCAGUCUGGAUGACCUUGGCAAUCUAGAGGAACUAUCCCUAAAUGACAAUUUAAUUACUCACCUCCACCGUGACCUGUUCUCUAACACUCAGAAGCUCCAAAAGCUGUUCCUCUCUAACAACAGGCUUACAUCUCUUCCACUGGGGAUCUUUUUAAACCUUCCCCUCCUUUCCCAGAUCUCACUGUAUGAAAACCAGCUAGAGAGUCUGGGUCCAGGGGUGUUUGGGCCCAUGCCCUUGCAGGAGCUGUGGCUAUAUGACAACAAGCUCAGCCGUGUGGAGGAUGACACCUUCAGAAAUCUGACUAAGUUGCAUCUGUUGGUGCUUAGUCGCAACCAGAUCAGCUACGUUUCUACCGGGACCUUCAGAGGGUUGGAGAAGGUGGGAGAGAUAUCACUUCACACCAAUCUGCUCACAACCCUGCAAGCUGGGACUUUCCAGGGUCUUCCCAGCCUGGUCAACAUUUCCUUGGAGCACAACUUCAUCAGCUCACUCCCUGUAGGUUUUCUGCAGGGUGUCAGCCAUCUAGGACAGAUAGACCUGCAAAACAAUUCCUUCAACAACCUGCCACAGGAAAGUCUUGAUGCACUCACUGUGACAAAUGAAGUACUCUUACAGCAGAAUCCCUGGAGGUGUGACAAAGAUAUUCUGCCUCUAAGGGAUUGGCUGAGACAGCACCCAACCAAGGCCAAUCAAACCCUUGUGGUGUGUGAAAUGCCUUUCGAUUUGAACGGUGAGGUGAUCGCUCUGCUGACAAACGAGAACAUAAUGCCUCUCAGCUCUAGCAAGGAUCCUGUGUUGACCUCAACAGAGAAGAGGAGGAAGCCAAACACCCCUCCAACUAGACGAAGCACUGUCCCACCUGCUGUCAAGACCACACCCACCUCGGAGCCUGAGGAAGUCACCAGCAGUGGACAAGGGGAACAGGGAACGGUUCCUAAUGAUACUGCGAUAAUCCUUAUCAUCAUCGCAGUAGUGUCCACUGUCAUUAUUAGCACAGUGAUCAUCAGCUGCAUGUGCUGGAGGAAGAACAAGAGAGGCAGGGGAAAUAUAGGCCGCAGAAAUAAGAACUCUGUGCUGUAAACCACCCAACAUCAAUAACACAAGAACUUUUUAAGCCAAGUAACUGCUCGCUGAUCUGGAGCAUAGAGUUGAUUUUACAGCCUCCAAGUCAUAGAAAGAACCACUACAGCUCCUUCUUCUUCAGCUAGAACAGACAAGGAAACAGAUUUUCUUUUGAAUUAGUUAGCAUUCCGCUUUGUACCAGUCAGUACUGUUAUGGGAAACUGGAAACGUUUGGUGAUUGUAAACUGAAAUGCACUGAAACAGUGUACUUCUGGAUAAUAUUUAGACUGAACUGAGAACUCUGUUCAAUGGGCUUUCAUUGCUUCAUUAAUUAUUGCAGUUUGAAUUUUUGUGCUAACAAUACAUUUUAGAAACAGUUGUAAUUGUUAUCAAAAUGACUAUCCAUGCUGAAUCAAAUAUGUAAUUCUUAAUCCACUGCAAGACAAUUCAAAGCAACAUAUAACUUUUAAAUGAAUAAAUGCACUGUUUUAGAGGAAUCAAUCUAACUUUGACGUGAUCAUUUACUGAAGUAAGCUAUUCAUGGUAUAACAUGACAACUCACACUUUCUCUCAAAGAAUAUGACAGAAAACCUUAUUCCAGGACACGGUGAAAGACAAAACAUGACUGAAAUCCCUAUGAAAAGUAGUUUACCCACAGAGUAAAGCUUUAGUUAUGAAGGU